AAUGCAGUAAGCUUAGAAUCUUUCAAGCAACCAAAGGCACUUUGCCUUCUGUUAAAGUUUAAGUUAUCAUCCACUUUUUUUCAUGGCUCUAUACAAGAUUUUUCCUCUUGCCUUCAUUCUUUGCUGUUCUUUUCAUUUGAUUGCUAGCCAACCUUGGGAUUACCCAACUGCAAAUCUUUCAACCACUUGGGUCAACAGUAUUUCUGCACCCCAUUCAGUGGCUUUCACUGAUGGCUCAACAGUAAGGGCUAUACUACUCAGAGGAACUUUUGGUCCAAGAUAUGCUUGUGGUUUCUAUUGUAAUGGCAAUUGUGAGAGUUACCUCUUUGCCAUCUUCAUUGUGCAAACCAAUAGCGUUUCCUUUAUUACUUCUCCCAGUAUUGGAUUCCCACAAGUGGUUUGGUCUGCUAACAGGAACAAACCUGUUAAGAUCAAUUCUACUUUGCAGCUUACAGCACAAGGGGAUUUAGUGCUUAGAGAUGCUGAUGGUACUUUAGCUUGGUCGACAAACAGUGCUGGAAAAUCUGUUGCUGGUUUAAGCUUGACUGAUGAGGGAAAUCUUGUUCUGUUUGAUUCCAAGAAUGCAACUGUUUGGCAAUCUUUUGAUCACCCAACCGAUUCUUUAGUUCCAGGACAGAAGUUAGUAUCAGGGAUGAAGCUAACAGCAAGUGUUUCAACAACAAAAUGGACUGAGGGAGGUUUGUUCUCUUUCUCUGCUACCGAUGAUGGUUUGGUUGCUUUUGUCGAGUCAAAGCCUCCUCAAACAUACUUUGAAAGAUCUAUUGGUGGAUUGAAUACUAGUGGAGGCUCCAAUUAUGUUAUGUAUUUGAAUGGAAGCUUAUCUUUACUCUCAAAUUCCAAAGAUCCGCAGAUGCUGAUUUCCAUUCCUCCUGCAUCCUCAGCUCAAUAUAUGAAACUUGAGUCUAAUGGACACUUGAAAGUGUAUGAGUGGCAAAGUCGUUGGAACAAGGUGGAUGAUGUCCUGACAGGUUUUAACGGCGAGUGCUCUUACCCCACGGUCUGUGGAAGAUAUGGCAUUUGCACAAUGGGACAGUGUAGUUGUCCCAAAUCAAGCUCUAAUUCAACAAGCUAUUUCAGGAAGAUCAAUGAUAGGUUGCCUAAUCUUGGUUGCUUUGCGAUCACAAGGCUGACUUGUAUUGAUUUAAAUGACCACAGAUUAUUGGAACUUGAAGAUGUGGACUAUUUCGCAUUUACUGCAGAUAUUACAAACACAGAUAAGGAUACCUGUAAAGAUGCAUGUUUGAGGAACUGUUCCUGUAAAGCUGCUUUUUUUCGUACUGGUUUAAACGGUUCCAGGGGAGACUGUUACCUACCAACUGAGAUCUUUUCACUAAUGAAUAAUGACAAGGACAGGACAAGGUACGAUUCCUAUGCGUUUAUAAAAGUACAUGUUGAAGCUGAACCAGCUGCUGCAAAAGGGAAAAGGCGUUUUAUGAACGAAAAAUAAUCCUUGGUAGGAAAUGGAUGGAAAAUUAGCAAACUAUGUGUAAGAUAUGUAUUGUGUGUGUGU